AUGGAGUCCAAAAGAAGUAACGCAAGGCACCAAACUCAAAAUUUUUCCGAGGUAACAGAAAACUAUCAUCACAACAAAGUCAAAACUAAAAUUGAUUUUCUAUCAGCAAGACAUAAAUAUAUAUCCAGCUUAGAAACAACUACUGAUAAGAUAAAUACUUAUAGAAGUUUAUGUUCCCUCUUACAUGAACCAGAUAAGUCAGGUUUUGAUAGUUCUUUAGCGGACUUUGAAAGUGCAGCCAAGUAUUAUGAAAUGGGAGGGAAAGAGUUAAAAGCAGCAAGAGAAUUCAAAGAUGCUAUAGAUUUUUUUGAUAAGGCAAUAGAAUUGGGCAAAGAACAAGACUAUGAAAAUAAUCACCUGUCUGAUCUUUAUUAUCACAAAGCUAUUUCUCAAAAAAACGCAGGUGAACGUGAAGAAGCAUUGAGCUCGAUCGAAGAAGCUAUAAAAUGUGGAGGAGAUUAUAUAAAAUUAAAUUCCGCUAAAAAGGAAAUAUCAGGCGAGAACAAGCAAACAUCAAAGCUUUUAGAUAAUGCAAAUACAUUUGGUAAAAUUUCUACCAAAGUAAAACAAAACAAUAGUUAUCCUGAUCAUUCAGAAAAUGUGGUUGGGAAGAAUUCAGAGGGUCAAAUAGGUGAAUCAAUCCCAAUUGAAACAACAAAUCCAACAAAUAUUGAAACAGAAUCUCCAUGUCUUGGCGCAGUCAACAGCCAUAAACCUCCUGGACUCCCCAUUAAUAAUUCUAAAGCUGAAUCCGAAUUAAAUAGCGAAGAGGAAAAACAAGCUACUGUGGACAAUUAUCCUUCAAUGUCAGAGAUCGAAGUAAAUAUGGAACUAUAUGGAUAUUACGACGGCUUUAUGCAUACUUUUACCAGAGCUUACAAUUUUGCUCAAACAGUUUUACAUGACGGUGUAAAACUAAAUAAAAGCGAAAUUUUUAUUUUUGCAGAUGUUGGGCUCUGUCUAAUUUUGUUUAUUCCCAUUGUCGGUAAAAUUUUAUCACAAAUAGCUAACAUUGGUUUGAAUGCCAUUAAUAAAAAUAGAAUAAUAAAAGCUUCUGAAAACAUGUGUCGACUUGCUCCAUCAAUUGGUGAACUUGAAUCAAUGGUUAAAGAUGUUAUAAUUGAAGUAAUAAAAAACAGAGGAGAAACUAUAUUAAAUUAUAAGGAAGAUACCCACAAUAUUAGUCGGAUAAAAUUUCUAAACCAUCAUUCAAGGAAAUAUUAUCACAAAAGAUAUUCAACUGCUACACAAAAACUGGGCAAUAGCGAAGCUAGUGAAUUGCUCUCAAAAUGGAUUUUUAAUGGAAACUUUUAUGAGGGUAAAAAGUUGACACUUCCAAAAGAGAAAAAAGAUAGGCUGAUCGAAUUGGCGAUCGGUCUCACACCAAUUAUUACCAAUAAUGAUGAUAAAUUGAUUAGGUCCAAAUUACCUCAGAAAGAUUUGGAGAGGUUAAGAAGGCUGGCAAUUGAAGGUAAAUGGGAAAGAAUGUUGUUUCAAAGAGGAGUUAAAGAUUUUCUAAGCGACAGCGAGAUAAAAAAAAUGUUGGGAGAAAAUACCACAGAUGAAGAGGUUGAGAAUGCAAGGAUAAUAUUAUUUGAAGAAAUUAAUAGAAGCAUUUCAGAUAGUCGUUAUAAAAACCUUAAAUGUUUUAUAAAAUUUUCAGAAUCCUAUCCGGACUUAGUAUUAAAAAUAGCAAGGAAUUCUCCUCAACGUUUUGUCUCCGAUUAUAUAGCUAGAGUUUAUAUAGUGUUUUCAAGUUUCCUAGAUCUACGCCACUUAUCAUCGGUAAAUCGUUUAUUUAAAGCUUUAUCAGGACCACAUACGAUCACUGCGCAACUAUGGUUUAAGAGAUAUAGUCGUGAUAUACCAGAAGAAGAUCUUUUGAAAGUUGCAAAUGAAUGGAAAUUCCCAUUGGAGACAGAGUAUGCAAAAAGUCUUAUUACCAUCAAUGCUCCACCCGAACCACCAGGUUUGUCAGCAGAUCCACCAGGUCCAAAAAGAGCUUUACGUCGUCAAAAACGAGUUUUACACAUAGUGGAAAGAUUUAGUUUAUUUCUACAUAACAUGUUGGCCGUCAAUUAUUAUUAUAGUCAUGAUUGGGACAAAUUACAAAAAGUGGCAGAUGAUGUCGAGCAGUAUCUUGAGGAUUUGGGUUGGGUGCAGUUUUAUCGUGGCCAGAUGGAUCGAGGAAUCGAUUCAAUAAUGGUGUCAACUGUUCAAGCUGAUCAAGAAUUUGAAGCAAUAGCGUUUGAAGAUUUUACUAGAAAAUUAAGAACUGAUAUAGCGGCUGUUUCCACCAUAAAAACUUCAACCAGUGUAUUUAAGAUGGACAAGUCUCAUUCAAGAUCAACUUAA